UUGUAAAAGAAAUAUGACGCACGCGCAUAUUUUGUAACACCUGCACAUGGUUUGUGUCUUGUCUGUUUUGGUCUGGUCGUGGUUUUCAAGUUUUAUACAUUUCCCAAUUCGCAUAAUUUAAAAAAUGGAAAGCAAGACAGCGUCGAUUUCGGGAUCAAAAAAGAUUUCACUAAAACCCAAAAAUGUGAGAUCUUCAGCUUAUGUUAAACGAUUAAAGGUUGCACUAACCAAACAGAAGGUAAAUUCUAAUUCUGCUCACCAAAGAACACCACUUUCAGCUCCUCAAAGAAAAACUAAAGAGAGAGCAUCGAUUGCUAGUGAUGCAAGACAAAGAUUGGAAUCUGCACGGUUCAGGUAUUUUUUGUUGUUGUUGACAAUAUUCCAGCCUAUCAUAACAUUUAAUUUCAGGUAUCUGAAUGAAGAGCUGUAUACCAAAAGUAGUAGUGAAGCAUGGGAACUUUUCCAAGAAGACCCCCAAUCAUUUGAUAUAUACCACAAGGGGUUUAAGAACCAGGUUUUGAAAUGGCCAGUCAACCCAUUGGAUAUCAUCAUCACUGAUCUUAUGAAAGGUCCUAGAAACUGGGUGAUAGCUGAUUUUGGUUGUGGUGAAGCUCAGAUAGCAAACACCAUUCCUAAUAAAGUUCACUCUUUUGACCUUGUAGCAGCAAAUGACAAAGUUACUGCUUGUGACAUGGCUUCUGUUCCUUUGGCAACCAAAGCUGUUGAUGUGGUGGUCUUCUGCUUAUCUCUCAUGGGUUCCAACAUACAUGACUUUUUAAAGGAAGCUAAUAGAGUCCUUAAAAUUGGUGGUACUUUGUGUGUAGCUGAAGUUGAAAGCAGAUGUAGCAAUAUUAAUGAUUUCUUGAAAACAAUUGAACGUUUUGGAUUCCAACUCAAAGAAAAUAACGUUCAAAAAUACUUUUUUCUCGCAAAGUUUAGCAAGAUUCAAAACAUGAGUCCCAAAGCAACUAUGCCAAGAAUAUAUUUGAAACCUUGUCUGUACAAAAAACGAUGAAUAGAAAAGUACACAUAAAUGUUGAACAUCAUAA